UGUCAUAGUUAAUAGUAGUAAAACAACGAAUAUAUUCAAGUAAUUUUAUUUUAACCUUUCUAUAUUUUUGUCAUAACCAAUAAGUUAAAUGUAACGAGAAACCAUGAAUUUGUAGAUUGUGUAUAAUAAGUCUUGCUGCCAUUCUACAUAGCAUGGACUGUAUUUAAAGGAAUUAAACGAGAGCGAACCUUUGACCUCAUUGAAUAAAAACUGUUCGUUUCUAGUUGCGGUCAUAAACAUUUUCGGGUUCUAGUUUUAACAAAGAGUCAAACGUCCUCGUGUAGUGGUGCGAGUCUGUCCCAUUGACUGUAGAACUGUCCUCUUAUUGUAGCGGCCGUGGAUUGGUUGUCUUUUGCUCUACGUCAUCAUAUUGCGACCUGGCAAGCGGUUUGUUCAGUUUUGGCAACAUUUCCUUCCACCUUCCGUUGUUCAUUAAGUCUUCAUGGCGACAGAGGGAGUGGAGAAGACAAGUGAAGAUGCCCCAGCAUCGGGGAAGGUCAGCACCAGAUUUGACCUGGAGAAGGAGACUGAACUUCGGUUUGAGGUGGAGGCUGGGGAAGCUUCAGAGCAAGUUGAGCUGGAGCUCAUCACAGGAAUGGCUGAGGUGUUUGGGUCAGAACUGAACCGCAACAAGAAGUACACAUUUGGACCAGGUUCUAAGAUAGCAGUUUUCACCUGGCAAGGCUGCAGUGUUAAUCUUUAUGGGAAGCCAGAGGUGGCUUACGUGUCUAAGGAUACUCCCAUGCUGCUUUACUUAAACACACAUGCUGCCUUGGAACAGAUGAGAAAACAAGCAGAACGAGACAAUGAGAGGGGGCCCAGGGUGAUGGUGGUUGGACCUACAGAUGUGGGAAAGUCAACUGUGUGCCGGCUGCUGUUGAGCUAUGCUGUUAGGGUGGGCCGCAGGCCAACACUGGUGGAACUGGAUGUUGGACAGAGUGGGGUUUCCAUACCUGGCACAGUGUCUGCACUUUGCAUAGAGCGUCCGGCAGAUGUAGAGGAGGGUUUCUCAGUCCAGGCUCCUUUGGUCUAUCACUUUGGCUCCACUACUCCUGGGACCAAUAUUAAACUCUACAAUAAGCUAACAUCACGCCUUGCUGAGGUGUUUUCUCAGCGCUGUGAGGUGAACAGGAAGGCCAGUGUUGGAGGCUGUAUCAUCAACACAUGCGGCUGGGUGAAAGGCUCUGGGUACCAGGCUCUGGUUCAUUGUGCCUCUGCCUUUGAGGUGGAUGUGGUGCUGGUGUUGGACCAUGAGAGGCUCUACAAUGAACUCAAAAGAGACCUCCCUCAUUUUGUGAGGGUUGUGCUCCUACCCAAGUCUGGGGGAGUGGUGGAGCGCUCCAAGGAGUGCCGGCGGGAAGCCAGGGAUGAGAAGAUCCGUGAGUACUUCUACGGCUUCCGAGGGUUGUCUUUCUUCCCUUUCUCCUUUGAAGUGCGUUUCUCAGACGUCCGCAUCUACAAGAUUGGGGCACCUUCCAUCCCUGACUCCUGCCUGCCCCUGGGAAUGUCUCAGGAUGACACACAGCUAAAGCUAGUGCCUGUGACACCAGGAAGAGACCUCACAUAUCAUGUGCUGAGCGUGAGCAGUGCGGAGGAUGGAGAAGAGGGUUCCAAAAAGGACAUAGUGGAGAGUCCCGUGUGUGGUUUUAUUGUGGUGACUUUUGUGGACACGCAGCUACAAGUGAUGAAAGUAUUGUCCCCAGCUCCGAGACCAUUGCCAAGACACACACUGCUUAUAAUGGACAUUCGCUUUAUGGACAUGAAAUAAAGUUACACUCCUGUUGAGAGAACUCAGGCACAUAAGAAGAUGUUGUAAUAGUUUCUGUUAAGAGACACUUUGCAAGAAAUGCUGAAUUUGGUUUCCAACUGAUUAUUAUUUUGGGGUUUUUAGUAACAGAGAAAAAGAUUUAAGAAGCUGUUGUAGAUAACACAUUGUACAGAAAUUUGGACAGUAUGUUAUAAGGGUUGCUUAAUUGGUUUAAGGAUUACAUUCUUGACAGUGUUUUAUAAUACUUUUU